AUGGCUGUGCCAACUGUGCGAGAUUGCAGAUUCCCUGCCUACGACCAGUUACGCCUAGAUCUAGUACUAGCUCAGAAGCAAGAGAACACGCCGUCAAUGCGGAAAGAUUCCACCGUCACCGCACAUUUCGAUCUUGCAAUGCCUGCCGAACAGCCAAAGUUCGAUGUUCUGGAGAGAGGCCAGGCUGUGAACGGUGUCGCAGAAGAGCAGCAAAAUGCGAAGAUGUCGAAUGUCUUUGAGAACGGCACCGCGGGUGCUGAAAAUCGGCAGCCGAGUCAACACAUGGCCGGUAUAUCACCUGGCUCGGCGGAGAGCAGAGAUAUUGGAGACACAGUAGACUCGUUGAGCUGGCUCUUUUCCACGACACUUCCAUCUUACAAUCGCACAUUACGUCUGGUCAAGACUUAUUUCAGGCUCAUACAUCCCCUUCGAUGCUUUGGCUUUAUCCACCGACCUUCAUGGAUGCAGUGUUUUGAAGAUCAGUCACAGAAAGAUCGUAACAACAAUGCAGUACUACUAAUGAUGUGCGCCCUGGGAGCAAAAUUCUAUGCCGUCGCAACACCCAAAUCUCAACGCCGGGGAGCGUCAUAUGCUCUCCGAGCUGGCACCCAAUGGGCACAAAGGGCGAAACAGUUGCUGUUUAUGAGCCUAAAUAGCCCCAACCCGGAGACCAUCAUGGCCGCGAUCCUACUACAUGAACACGAACUCCGCGUUGGAAACUACUCAUCCGCCUUUAUGAUAACCGGUCUCGCAGUUCGCUUGGUGCAGGGUUUGCAACUCAACGUGGAACCGAUGUCGGUCCAGCCUAGACCUGAAUCGAAAAUGGCACCAGAAACGUUUCUCGAAUCUUGCCGUCGAAUCAUGUGGAGUGUCUAUGUCAUGGAUUCCUGGGUCGGCAGUGGUGUAGAUGAACUUACCAUGAUUCACGAGAAGAACAUCAGAAUCCGGUUGCCAUCUGACGAGACCGACUUCACGCUCGAAACCACAAAAGCUACAACAGCACCUAUGUUCCCCCUGGAUGAACAGUCAAUCUCUCAAAGUGGCGAGUUGGAUGUCGCAGCGCAUUUUGUUCUGUUGCUGGGGUUGCGUAAAAAGGUCUUAAGACUUGUAAAACACCUCGACGAGUCACAGCCGCCAUGGUCCCAAGACUCCGAAUUCUCGCUCGUCUGCCAAUCUUUAAGCCAGUGGGCAGACUGUCUCCCGAAAAGUCUUCAGUUCGAUCGAUCAGCUAUUCAAAAGCGCAAAAUAUCCAACCAGCACGGCGCACUGAUGCUUCUCCAUCUGACUUACCACCAAACCAUGUGCGAUCUCACCCGUAUAGGCAUGCCUGAACUUUUCCGCAUCCGAGCACCUUUCCAGUUCCCCCCUGACAAGGCCGACUUUGUUGAGAGAGUUCAAAAUGCUUGCUUCGAUAACUGCAUUGCGGUGACGAAUGUUUUCAGGGAGGCACUGCAUCAUGGACUGGAAGGGUUUGCGGAUACAUGGCUUUGCGUAGUUGCUCAUGAUUCACUUCGCGUUGUGGUGCACUAUUUGAGCAAGAGAUUGGGAACGCCAGCAAGACAUGAAGAUAAUGUACUCCGGGACAUGACUGUUGAAGGUGUUGGUGCGAAUUUGAGGGUUCUGGAAAAGCUGAUUCCAUUGCAAGCUCUUGCGAAGCCAUUGCAUGCUUCGGCUUUAGCCACGAUAACAGCAGCAGGAAUUGAAGUUCCAUCAACAUUACCCGGAACCGUAGACGGAUCAGAACUGUCCAAUGAAGAGCCUGGCCCAAGAGCACCCAGUCCAGCGCCGCAUACACCAGAAUACGUCCUCAACCCUCUCGCCAUAUACCGCAUGGCUCGUCAAGACAUCCGCCAACACGAGAAGAAGCCCAGCGCAUCCAACGAAGAUCCUCCGCCAGAAACAGACCUACCGUCUCCUCAACAUGUUCCUCCUGCACCACCUAUAUCCUCUGACAUGGACAUCCUACAUGAAACCAAUGACGUGGCGCAAUCCGAAAUCGGCUACUACAACGGCCAGAUUCUCGAUGCGUUCGACCUACCCUUGAGUUUCGACGGACUUCAAGCAUACAUGAGCUUACCACCACUGUUGAGCCAGUACAGUGACAUGGGACUUGGCCGAGCAGAUGCUGAUGCAGGGUUUGGGUUUGGCGACUCAGCUCAGACAUCUGGUUUCGGGGCAUCAAAUUACAAUACAGGGGUAGGCGAGACUACCGACAUGCAGUACGGCGGACCUCACCAAGUUUGGAUGGGUUGA